UUUUCCAGACAAAUCCUCUAUUUAACUGAAUGUUAAGAGGAUUCUAUUUUUUUUAUCCUUUUGUCUUAUGAAUAAAAAAAUGUUAACUUUUUCUCUUGACAUUAGUUUUCUUGUUUUUCCAGCACCAACAAUAAUCAUUGCCCAUGAAUUUUAUGAUGCCCUACCAGUUCAUCAAUUUCAGAGGGCUUCUCGCGGCUGGCGUGAGAAAAUGAUUGAUGUUGCUGAAGAUUCAUCGUUUCAUUUUGUUUUAUCACCCCAGCCUACACCUGCAAGUCUCUAUCUGAUGAAACGCUGUAAGUGGGCUGUGCCUGAAGAAGUAGAAAAACUUGAACAGAUUGAGGUUUGCCCCAAGGCAAUGGAUUUGACUAAUUCUAUUGCCAAGAGGAUAGGUUCUGAUGGAGGUGGGGCUCUUAUAAUUGAUUAUGGGCUGAAUGGAGUAGUUUCAGAUAGUCUGCAGGCAAUCCGAAAACAUAAUUUUGUCAACAUACUGGACAAUCCUGGGACCGCUGAUCUUAGUGCAUAUGUUGAUUUCCCAUCGGUAAUGCACUCUGCUGAGGAAGCAUCAGAAGAUAUAGCUGUUUAUGGUCCAAUUACUCAGUCCCAGUUUCUUGGGGCUAUGGGAAUAAACUUCCGAGUAGAAUCACUGCUGGAGAACUGUAGCGUCGAGCAAGCAGAGUCUCUGAGAAUGGGAUACUGGCGUCUGGUGGGUGAAGGUGAAGCUCCAUUUUGGGAGGGACCGGAGCACCAGGCACCAAUCGGGAUGGGCACACGGUAUCUAGCAAUGGCUAUUGUGAACAAGAAGCAUGGUAUUCCAGUUCCAUUUCAAUGAAGUUCGAUUACAUUAAACAACCUGUAAACUGUAGAAGUUAUAAUUUAUGGUAUCCUGGAGUAGUUUUAUAAAUUGUUUAAUCCGUUUUUCUCACAGAUUCUUAGGGAGUUUAACACUGGAUUUGCAUUUUCUUGGAUUAAAAGCAUGUUUAGUUCUCUUUUAAUAAGUUAUUAUGUAAAAGAUUUUUGUAAUUAGAUCUGAUUACACUGUU